UGUUGUUAGCGUGUGAGCGUGUGAAACUAGUUAGCUGUCCCGCUACAAAAACAAGGCAGCGUUUUUCUAACUCAGCUACUUCUUGGUUUUAAUCGGUAAAGAUGCAACAAACGUAUGUUUGUUGUUCCUAUGCCAAGUCUGUUAUUUUAUUUCCACAGACAUAAUAUAAACGGAACUUCUAACGUUAGCUUAGCAACCUUUGCUCGUUGUGCUGUAAAGAGCUAUGGAUCCCCACAGAUCCAGCAUCAGCUAUCACAGCCGUCAGUCCUCGUACAAAAGAGAAAGAGACGACAAUGGCAGAAAUCCUCGUGAGAAUAAACACUUCAGAACGAACACACAGCACCAGUAUCGGUCUGAGUCGGCUCUGGGUCAAAACCCUUUGAGCUGCAGGACGUUAAGCACGAGAAGGGAGCUUUAUGAAAGAGACUUUCCUGUUUACAAACAGCCUGUGGAAGUGGGAUGUUUUUCCCUCGACUCUGAGCGUAGAUUCUUCAACGACAGCAGGCAGAUGAGGUACUACGUGGAGCCUGACAGGAAUCCAAAUUUCAACCUGAGGGACGGAUACAGGGAUCGCUUUAUUAAAAGAGACGACAGUGUGAAGGAGAGGCUGGACCAUAUUCUCCGGUGGAUUGUAGCCAAUAAAUCUAAGAUUAACCCAACAGUGGCAGCAGCCUCACCUCGCGCUUUAGAUGUCGACUUUGUGACAUGGCGGGGCCACCUAACUAAGCUGCUGACCACUCCUUAUGAGACAAGGGAAGGCUGGUUGUUAGCAGUCACCAGGUUCAGGGGCACGCUUUACAUCAGCGAGGUGGAAACGGAAGCUGCUCGUAGGGAACGGGAGAACCGCACUGAGAGGCACGAAGAGAUGAUGUACUGGGGAUACAAGUUUGAGCAAUACACAUGUGCAGACAAUACCCACAGUCUACCUGACCCUGGUGGAGUGGUUAACACCAACGAGGCCUUCUGCACUGUGGUGCAAACUCGGCUCGCGGAUCACAGACUGCUGUUCUCCGGCGAGGUAGACUGUCGGGAUAAAGAUCCCAAGGCUCCGGCUGCUCCUGCCUGUUACGUGGAGCUGAAGACCUCUGCAGAGAUCUGCACCCCCAAACAGCGCAGCAACUUCCACAGGUUCAAACUUCUUAAGUGGUGGGCCCAGUCUUUUCUCCCGGGAGUCCCUAGAGUGGUGGCAGGUUUCCGAGAUCAGGAAGGUGUCGUUGUUUCCGUGGAGACCUUUCACAUUUCUAAGAUCUCCCAUCUCAUCAAGAACGAGUACAACUGCUGGAAGCCGACGGUAUGCAUGAACUUUUGCUGCGAUUUCCUGUCUUUUGUGAAGCGUGUAGUUACUGAAGACAGUCAUAGAGUGGUGUACCUGUUCUCCUGGGAUCCCUACAAAGAUGUCACCUACUCUGCCCACAGAGACUCUCAGUAUUGCUUCCUGCCACACUGGUAUGUUGAGGAGAUGACGAGAAGUGAAGAUUCCCAAUAUGAGCCUAAAGCAUAAUUUAUACUUCUGCACUUUAGUCUGAAAGCCUGGAGUUGAUUCAUUCCCUUCCAGUCAAUUAGAAGGGUAGGAAACGGGCCAAUCACAGUUGUUUUGAGGAAGGGAGGUGCACGUCAGCAUAGGUUAUCAUGACGUACGAUUUAACCCUACCUAUGGCUCUGAUAAACUGAAUUGCAGAAGUAUAAAUUCCACCUGAGGCAUGGUCACGAAUGCACCAUUAUACUGUAGACCUCCAGUGGAGGACUCUUUAUCAGAAUCUGGACAUUUAAUGUGGUAAACAUUUGCAUGAGCUCACCAAUCACUACUCAUCAGUCUUCUGGAGGGACUUUGUUUUUUAAAGCAGCAAUGAACUACAUUUUAUCUGGCAUGUAAUGAUCUAAGCAAAACACAAUUAAAGAAAUCAAUAUUGUUUCUCAA